GAGUCGAUUCUAGCAUCUUCCUCAGAGGAGAGAACAUCACCUGCCCACCUUCUCUGCCUCUGUCUCUGUCUCUGCCUCUCUCUGCGAAGAAGAAGAUCGAAAAUGGCGGAUGAGUGUGCCCUCGACUUGGAGGAGCUUCGGCAGCUUCAGAGCAUCGCGAAGCGUCCCCGCGUCGUCUCUCUCAUCUCCUCGGAGAUACGCAACUUGGAAAAGGUAAGAGGAUUUUUAUCUCAUGGUCCUUUUCCUCUACAGUUGUCAAAAGAUGCUGUUACUGCACAAUCCUCACAGACCCCUGAGCCAAUAUCAACUCAAGCAAGGGUUCCUACUACCCCAGCUUUGAAUUACGUCACACUUGCAUCUUUCAGCUGGGAUCAGGAUAGUGACAAAGUCAAGAUUUAUCUUUCUCUGGAGGGAGUUGAUCAGGAAAAGAUUGAAAGUGAGUUUAAGGCAAUGUCGUUUGACUUGAAGAUCCAUGAUGUACAAGGGAAAAACUAUCGCUUUACCAUACCCAAACUGAACAAGGAGAUUUUGCCAGAGAAAUCUAAGGUUGUAGUCAAACCGACAAGAAUGAUUGUAACAUUGUUUAAGGCCUCAAAGGGGAACUGGUUAGAUUUGCAAUUCAAGGAGGACAAGCUAAAGCCUAGUAUGGACAAAGAAAAAGAUCCCAUGGCUGGAAUUAUGGAUUUGAUGAAGAAUAUGUACGAGGAAGGUGAUGACGAAAUGAAGAAGACAAUUGCAAAAGCAUGGACAGACGCCCGAACUGGCAAAACAGCCGAUCCCUUGAUGGGAUAUUGUGGAAGUUAAACACAAUGCUGUUGGGCUGCGAUCAGGUUUCUGUCAAAUUUUGCUGUUUUUCGUGACAUUUUGCUGAGGCCUUGGAGCACUUUUGCAUGAGUCCUUAUGAACUUUUGGUCUUUUAUGUUAUCGUGCAUCUUUUGCAA